GCGGAAUUAGAGAGCGCAACAGUUUGUUGGCCGACUUUCUGCGCGUGGGGCGCAUUUUAUUUUGUACGGUUAUACUUUGCGUUCGAGGCAAGCAGUCAUUCAUUGCGUUCUAAGACGCGCUAUCGAGUCGCGCGUUGAGACGUCGAAAAAGUUUAUAAACGAAUUAAAAGAGUGUUAAUGUAUGAAAAAACGAAACGAAUUUCGAUAAAAUUACGAAAAAGUGUUCCGCACGAGUGUUAGAGUGUGUUUGUGUUGGUUGUAUCGUAGUGUUACAAAGUGCAUUCUUCGGUGAUUCAUCUCGAGAAACAAGAAAUCUCUGUGUCAUAGUUAUAGGUAUUUUGUGUAACCGCUAAACUAAGUGAAAUGGUCACUUUUUGGAGCUGGGCCGGUUGAUCUGAUCCGUUACAAAAAGAUGUCCUCAACCGUUCAUCAGGCUACACGGGUAGACUACAUUUAAGAUUCAAAAUGGAGUGUCUAAAGAAGCUACUCCUCUUCAGCGUCGUGGCCGCGGCCGCGGCAGACUUCACUGCCAACUGUCCCGAGAAAUGCAAGUGCGUGUGGGCCGGCGGCAACAAGCAGGCCGUCUGCUCCAACGCCGGCCUCCGCGACCUCCCGAAGACCCUUAGCACUGAGAUACAAAUACUAGACCUCUCAAACAACCCUCUCUACGAAAUCACACGACGCGCCUUCGAAGAAGCCCAACUUAACAACUUAAAAAAACUCUUCCUCAGAGACUGCAAACUCCAAACCAUACAUAAACACGGUCUCAGUGGCCUCGCUAUCAUGAUUGAACUCGACCUAUCAAAAAAUAACCUCAAAGAUCUACACUCUGAUACAUUCAAAGAAACUGCCAAGAUUAGAUGGAUACUGCUCAACGAUAACCAACUUGAGACGCUUGACGAUGGCUUGUUCAAUAAUCUGCCGUUUUUACAAAAGGUCGACUUGAGCAAUAACAAGAUUAAACAUAUCGGUGUGAAGACUUUCAUGAAUGUACCUAAGCUAAAUAAUCUAAAGCUGGAUAAUAACCUCCUUGAGACGCUGAAAAUCGAUACUCUUAGCGCAUUGACCGCGCUAACUAGUUUAGAUGUUCAUGAUAACCCUUGGAAAUGCGACUGUUACUUACAACCUUUAAGAAAUUGGGUAAUAAGCAAGAAUUUAUACACAACUCCUGUAGCUUGCGCUGAACCUGCUAAAGUUCAAGGAAAGUUGUGGAAAGAACUAGAUACCAGUGAUUUUGCUUGUCGACCAAGCAUCGUGUACCCCACCGCCAGUAUGACUGUACAAACACAUGACACAAAUAUUACCCUAUCCUGCCAAGUCAACGGCAAUCCUUUACCAGAUGUUAGUUGGGUUUUGAAUUCUCAAAUAAUUGAUGGCACCUACAAAAUUCAGGGUGAGUCGAAGUAUUACCUAAGUAAGAGUAAUGACGAAAACAGCAAAUGGGUCAACUUGACCAUCAUAUCUUCUGGCACGACUGACAGCGGUGAAUAUUUAUGUGUGGCUAGAAACCCUGGUGGCGUCGAAGAGAGAAGUGUCAUGUUGGCAGUAGCUCAUACUCCACCCGGCGUUCCUGUGCCAACUGGUUUAGAUAGUAAUAUGCUGUCAGUUUUGAUUGGAGUAUCUUGCACAGCGGCGAUAUUGCUGAUCUUACUAGUUAUUAUAUGCUACUGCUGCUGCCGGCGACGAAGUUCUGUUAAAAAAGCGGAUACGACGAACGGAGAGGCGUUAAUUGAAGGUUCGGUUAUACCGGAGAUGGAAAAGAGUUUGAUUACUGCAGUGAAUCCUGUGACGAAGCCUCCACGGAGAUACGACAACCCGCCUUCGAUCAUGAGUGGGGCGACCGAGAUGUCGGAGUUGAACAAAACAUUGCUGGACAAUGAUUCGAAUGUAUUCGCGCACACUGACGACGAAAAGCGGUCACUCGACUUUGAUCACCAGCCAAAAAGGUCGCAGGACGCCCUUAACGUUGAAUAUGGAAGAACCACUUAUCCCCCAGACUUAUUAUCGUUCCCUGCACGAGCCGCACAAAUCUCACCAGCGGCCAGCAACGCUUCCACUGUUCCAGACACCACCCGACUGCCACCGCAACUGAAUCCAGUCAGUCCCAUCCAUUCGCCCAUCUACGGAAUGACCACCAAUCAAAACCUCUUCAGAACGCUACCAUAUUCCCGGUCUCAAUCUCCUUUCACGGCGCCUAUCACGCCACCAGUCGUAACGCCAAGACAGGGCUACGUAACUAUCCCAAGGCGACCGAGAGUCCCAAGUUGGUCUAGUACUGCUAGCACACAAAUUUUACCAAGCGCUGAGGCUCAAGAACCGCUAUACGACAAUUUGGGAUUGAGGACUACGGCCAACGGAAGUUCGGUGCUGUCUUUAAAUAAGACUGGAUUAGAACCGACAUUUUCUCCGAUGAGGAAUCGACCAUUGCCGGCCACACCUACGGCAUACCCGAGUACCCAUCAGCCCCACCAAGUCUAUUAUGCCCCUAUCGAAGAGCAAGAACCGGCGCCGUCUCCUGUACCACAAUACAAUCCUCGUAAUAGCGUCGCGUCUCAGAUGUCUAAUAUGCUCUCGUCCCCCGGUCCCCAGGAGCCUAUGAGUCCAUCAAGAAUGAGUUGGGCAGCAAAAAAUACUUCAACACCUCAACCUGAGCCAAGAAAGACCUUGUACAACGAAAACAGAAAUUCAGACACUCAAUCUCAAGUAUCCGACACCAGCACAUUAAGUCGCAAGAAACCUGAAACUGGAUCCUUAAGACGUCCGAGAGUUGAGACAGAGGAAGUGUCAUCGCCUUCAAAGGAAGACCCAAGAAAGAACGAGAGCAAUGUGUCUAUGAAUCAAACAGGAACGUUGGGUAGAAGUGGUAAGAUCCCACCGCGACCACCACCGAAACCGAAGAAAAAGCCGGCGGCAGAGGCUAACCCCACCGAACCCUUGUUCGAAGACGAAGGAGAAGAUGGCACGGAAGUGUAGUAGUAGUGCGUUUGAGACUAAGUGUACUACCAAAGUGCCAAUGAGCUUUUAGUGAUUUAAAGUGUUAUCAGUGACUCGAUGAUGUGCAAACGGAUUAUUUAAAUUUGUUCGCGGUGCUCGUGUAAAUAAACUCUGUACUAGAUUUUUUUACAAUUGCGUACAAUCAAAAUUUUAUGGACCAUUUUAAUUAAGGCUCUAUCCUGUAGUGAUGUAAUGUAAUGCAAGUCGUAAUUUGUACACCGUAUGUUACAUAUUUUAAGUAUUUAUUCUUUGUGGUACAUAAUGGUAGCUAAUUAUAAAUUCGCUUGCCAGGUUUGCAAUGUCUCUUCAUCCAUUUUCAAGACUGAUUAUUCUAAAUUGGAGUCUGUUGUGUUGACAUUCCUUUACCAGCAUUCGAUAGUGUUUCCAUUCCGUAGCUUUACAGUUCAUAGUUUGCUAGCAUGAUUUGGUUAACCCUAGAUAGUAUUUGGAAGACUGAAUUGUUAGACACUUUUUAUCUAUUGAUGACGUCAAUAGUAAGUUCAAAGUGUAAUUAAUCGGCAUAAUAAACUGUAGUAUUUACUGACACUCACAAAAUAACUGUCUCAAUUACAAUCCAAUUAUAUCGUAACUAAUAUCUUUAAAUAUAACUUUAACAUUAUUUUGUGAUUGUGAGCUCUAAAAACUUCUUCUUUUACUAAAAUAAUUAACUUCGCUAUUUCUAAGUUAAUACCAUUUUAGUUUCCACUAUUUUUUGGUAUAUCCCGGUUAAACAGGUUUCUAUAAUUAUCGACAUAAUAACUAGUUGUUUGUAUUCUGAUAUCUUAAAUUGUCAAACACGCUUUUACAAUUUAACUCCUCCGACGUAUGUUGAAUUGAACGUCAAGUGUUCAUGUUACCAAUGCCUAUUACGAUGCAAUAUUGGCAUUCAUUAUAUUUGUUAUACUUUCUACAUUACUUAACAUUUUAUUUCUUUACCUAAACAUUUGUGUUGUAUGGUCGCUAAUAAGUACAUGGUUCCUACGAUAUUUUGUGUUAAAACUUGAUCGCCCGGAAUUUCUAUUGAUCCUGUUCAAAUAUUUAUGGCCCUAUCAAUAUGACAGACUUUAUGAACUACGUUUGUCAUUUCACGAUGAUUUUGCAUCUUUUUUUUAAACUAUUAACUGGGCGGUCAAGGAGGUAAUUAUAGUUGUAAGUUAAUGAGUUGCGUUAACUUGUAAAUAUUCAGUUUUUACUGGUGCUUUUUUGUACGUGCUUUAUGCGUAACAAUUAUUUAUCAUUUUUAUUAUUUACAAGUACUUUGACAAUUCCAUUUUACUUGCAUAUCGAAAAUUGUGAACUUUUAUUUUUUACAACAUUAUUUUGACGGCUUACCAAGGAUGAUUUAGAAUGUAUAGACACGUCAGUGCAUGGCCUAAAAUAACUUUAUUGACUAUUAUAUCUGUCGAAAUGUACUAGUGUUUGUCAAUGUAAAAAAUCCGCUCAGUUUUUGAGUUACUGCUAUGUACAAUGUACGAUAUUUUUACAAUGUUUACUGUAGACAUCCAGUUUUAUAUAGUUGUAAGUGCUGUACAUAAAACAUUAUUAUUAAAACUGAUUAAAUCUAUAUUUCAGUAAA